AUGGAGGUUCAAGUUAUCUUUGCCUUUGCGUUGGCCAUUUUCUUCUUCUAUGGGGCUCAAUCGGCUACAUUCACAUUUACAAACAACUGUCCUUACACAGUUUGGCCAGCAACUCUAACAGGUGCAGGUCCUCAAUUAUCCUCGACCGGUUUUGAGUUAGCCUCAAAAGCCUCAUCAACCCUUAAUGUUCCAGCUCCAUGGACUGGCCGUUUUUGGGCUCGAACCCAAUGCGCAAACACCAACGGCAAGUUCGAAUGCGCCACCGCGGACUGUGGCUCUGGUCAGGUUACGUGCAAUGGCGCUGGUGCAAUCCCCCAAGCGUCCCUGAUAGAAUUCACCCUGGCAGCAAACAGUGGACAAGACUUUUACGAUGUCAGCCUUGUCGAUGGCUUUAACUUGCCUCUUUCCGUUACCCCGCAAGGUGGAUCAGAUGGUUGCGGUGCCACGAGCUGCCCUGCCAAUGUCAAUGCAGCUUGCCCACCGGAAUUGCAGGUUAAGGGAUCGGAUGGAGCUGUUAUAGCCUGCAAGAGCGCGUGUUUGGCCUUUAAUCAACCCCAAUAUUGCUGCACUGGCGCUUAUAAUUCACCGAAUACAUGUCAGCCAACAAUAUAUUCAAAGAUUUUUAAGAGCCGAUGUCCUCAGGCUUAUAGUUAUGCUUUUGAUGAUAAGAGUAGUACAUUUACAUGUACCGGUGGAGCUAAUUAUCUUAUAACUUUCUGUCCUUGA